GGAUUGAAAAAAUGACAUUUUAAUUAAAAUUUUUUGAAUAUAUUUAUGUAAUUGUCAACAAUCAGCUAAUGUAAAUAUUAAGUCCCAAUACUUCCAGUUAAAAUGUUAAAUUUUUUAUUUUUGGUUUUCUACAUAUCUCCAUUCAAACUCGAUGAGUACACAUCAUCAGGAUCAUUGGAGCCAUGUGGCAUACAGAGAUUCAUAGCUCUUCCCUUCGGCUGACAAAUGUGAAAUUCUUAAUGUUCCCAUUGCAAUGUUGGAAAUAACUUCUUGUAGAUAAGUGCCUCCUUAUUUGGCUGCCUGCUCUCAUAAGAGCCACUGGGGGCUGCACAAACACCUGCUAAUGGUUCACAGAAAGCUAAUUGCAGUUCCCAAAAGUGGAACAUGUGAUGUUGAGGUCACAGAAAAUACAUUUUAUUGCUUACAUAUUUCGACAUCUUAUCUUCAGCACUUUCUGCAUCAUUACUGAUAAUGAUAAUGUGUGUUUUUUCAAACUAAUUGCAAGUUUACCAAACUAGUUAUUUUCCAAUAUGGUGUAUAAAAUUUCUUGCUUGAGAUCAGUAUCCAAAUAUCCCUCAUGGGUGUUAAGUUAGUCCAUCCUUUAAGUGCCAUAAAAGGUCUUGAAGCAAGCACCCCUAAACUCUGGGGAAAGAGCAUCAGAAGUGUAGUUACGAUGAGGCUAAGACAUCCUCUCAUUUUAUAACUCUUGUCAGUGCACACAGUGCUUGUCCUCAGUCGUGUUUGUAUUACCAGAAAAAAAUGGUCAGCAAGUUAACACAAGAGCAGAUCACAGAGUAUAAAGGAGUUUUUGAGAUGUUCGACGAAGACGGGAAUGGAGAUGUGAAGACGCAGGAGCUGGAGAGGCUGAUGAGUUUAAUGGGAAUCAAUCCUACAAAGAGAGAGCUCAGCCAGAUGGCCAAAGAUGUGGACAAAGAUGGUAAAGGGAUAUUUAACUGUGACAGCUUUCUGGGUCUAAUGGCGCUGUACCACGAAAGAACCAAGAACCAGGAUGCUGAGCUCAGAGCUGCUUUUAAAGUAUUUGAUAAAGAGGCCAAAGGAUAUAUUGACUGGAACACACUCAAAUAUGUACUAAUGAACGCAGGGGAACCGCUUAAUGAGAUUGAGGCAGAGCAGAUGAUGAAGGAGGCAGAUAAAGAUGGAGAUGGAACCAUCGAUUAUGAAGAAUUUGUGGCCAUGAUGACCGGGGACUUGUUCAAAAUGAGCUGAAGACUCAAUGAAAGAAACUGCUCUCCCUUCAAACCUCGUGGACAUUUUGCUGCCAUUGUGAAAAUAGUGAAUGUGAUCCAAUGAUACAUGAUUAUAAAACAGGAAAACCGUCAUUUUAGUUUUCAGCAUAUUUCUGGUUGAACUAAUGAAUGUGUGCAACCACACAUCUGUGUGUCUUAUGAAUAA